AUGGCUCAUCAGUCGAAUCCUACCGAGGGCAAACACACCGACCCGUACAAAGAUGCCAACGUUGACACCGGGGUGUCCUUAGAGCAGAAGAUCCGCGACCUCAGUACCUUCAUGACGAACUGCAAGUUCGCAAUGAUGACGACUCGUGAUGCCGCGUCUGGAAAUCUGGUGUCCAGAUGCAUGGCUCUCGCAGCCCAGGAAACGGGCGGUAUCGACCUUCUCUUCUAUACCAACGCCGAAUCCGGCAAAGCAGAGGACCUUGCCAGUGAUUCACACAUCAACAUUGGCUUCCUCAACAACUCGGGCGAGUGGGCCUCCGUCAGUGGUGUAGCCAACGUCGUCACGGACAGGUCCCUCGUCAAGCAGCACUACAGCCCCCAUCUGAAGGCCUGGCUGGGCGAUUUGGGAGAUGGGACCCAUGACGGAUCAGAGAACGACCCGCGCAUAGGUAUCAUCCGCGUCAAGAUGACCACGGCCCAUUACUCCAUUUCCUCCAAGAAUAUCAUUGGGAGAAUGGCAGAGAUCGCACAGGGUGCUGUGACUGGGAAGCCGGCUGCGGUGAACAAACUGCGCGAAAUCGGCGAGGCGGAGGUGAAGGAGUGGAGGGCGUCCCAUUAG